AUGGUAUUUUUUACAUGCAACGCCUGUGGCGAUUCAGUAAAGAAAGCGCAAGUGGAGAAACACGUGGCUGCCUGCCAGAACUGCGAGUGCCUUUCUUGCAUUGAUUGUGGGAAGGAUUUCUGGGGCGACGACUACAAGAACCAUGUGAAAUGCCUCAGCGAGGACCAGAAGUACGGCGGCAAGGGGUACGAAGGCAAAAGCCACAAGGGAGAUGUGAAGCAGCAGGUCUGGCUGCAGAAAAUUAACGAGUUAAUGAAAAGGUCCAACAUCAGCCCCAAAGUGAAGGAACUCCUAGAGCACAUUAGUGGCUUUGACAACGUGCCCCGGAAAAAGGCCAAAUUCCAGAACUGGAUGAAGAACAGCCUUAAGGUUCACAGCGAGUCACUGCUGGACCAGGUGUGGAGUCUCUUCUCAGAAGCAGCCAGCAACGACCCAGAGCAGAAGCCCCCUGGCCCUGUGGCAGCCCACCCGCACUCUGCCACAGGAGCCCCCACCAAGAAGCCCCCUCCUGGGGCAGACGAGACAGGGGGGGCAAAGCCCGCGGUGGCCAAGAAGAACAAGCGGGAGCGGAAGGAGGAGUGGCAGAAGAUCCGCACGAAGGAGAAGAAGGAGCUGAGGCUGGAGGACCACCAUGCCAACUGCAAGGGCCAGAAGCUCAAGAAGCGUAGGCUGGACCCCGCUUCUGUGGCGGCCGAGGAGGCUGGCGAGCAGGAUGACCCCAAGGCCGCUGGCCCCACGAGGAAGAAGAAGCGGAAAGGCCAGCAUGCUGAGAAUGGGGUCAUCGCUGGGGAUGGGGCGCCAGAGGCGAGCAGAGGCAAACGGAAGCGCAAGCACUCGGAAGCCUCCGCCCCUGUGGAAGCAGCAUCCAAGAAGAAAAAGAACACCGUGCCAGGACCGGCCUCUGACGAAGGGGCAGCAGAUGCCCCAGAAGCACCUGCCCAAGGUAAAUUUAACUGGAAGGGAACUAUUAGAGCCGUGCUGAAACAGGCCCCCGACAAUGAAAUCUCAGUGAAGAAGCUCAGGAAGAAGGUCCUGGCACAGUAUUACACCGUGUCCAGCCAGCAGCACCAGUCUGAAGAGGAGCUGCUGGCCAUCUUCAACAGGAAAAUCAGCAAGAACCCCAGCCUGAAGCUAUUCAAGGACAAAGUCAAGCUUCUGAAAUGAACUUUGUUCUAUCUACAAAGCAAACAACUAAAGCCAAUCCCAUCCACGCCGUUGGCUUCUUCCUGUCACUGUAGUUGGAAAAGCUUGGGCUGAAUUGGUACCACUCACUCGGGUCUUCCUUUCCAAAGACGCCUUUUUAAGUUAAAGUAAAAUACAUAUUUUUGGUAGAACUUUUAUGAGAAAAUAAAGUAUUCUUGUCUG